GAGAUCCAGGCUUACCUAGACAGUCACAACUCUAUCCGAUCCCAGCAUGGUGCCAGCCCGCUGACUUGGUCGGAUGACCUCGCCUCCUCGGCCCUGUCCUGGGCGGAGGGCUGCCAGUUCACACAUUCGGAUGGCGCCUUGGGUCCGUUUGGAGAAAAUCUUGCUGCUGGUACCGGGUCGUUCACUACUUCCGCUGCGGUAGACGCUGCCACGACAGUUGAUCCUGCCAACCCGACGUUCACCCAUUUCACGCAAAUGGUCUGGAAGGCGACGACUCAGGUCGGCUGCGGUGUCGCUUCUUGCAAUAACAUCUUCGACUCGAAGUUCGGCCCUGCGACGUACCACGUUUGCCUGUACAACCCCGUCGGCAACGUCAUUGGACAAGAGCAGUAA